AUGCUAUUCUUUUCUUCCCAAUGUCAAGUUGCAAGGUUUUAUGAGACGAAGCUAAAAAUCAGGGUUUAUACAUUUUCAUAUUUGAGCUUGUCAGCAUUCUACCUGAGGUUCAUUCCAUAUCAAGGUAUUCGCAUGUCUCAUCUUCCAUAUUCAUCUGCAAAGAAUUCCUCAGGGCAUGGUCAUUAUCAUCUAUUGAGAAGGGGUCCAAGACGUCAUUAUUCUAGUGCUCAUACAGUCGGGACAUGGUACAAGAUGUUGAUUGUGAUCAAGAGGCGCAGUGAUGAAGCGAGAGUAAGACAGAGAUACGAAGGUGGUGAGCGUGCGGCGGGAGAGGACGGAAUCGUGAUGAAGCAAGAGAGAAGAGAUGAGAGACGGAAAGGCGGCGAUGAAGACGGAACGACGGCGACGAAGAGUCGAACAGAGAGCUGA